AUGGAUUGCACUUUAAACUUGACUAGUGGGGAUUUUUGUAUAGAUUUAAUCCCGAUUCAACUAGGAAGUUUUGACAUAAUUGUGGGCAUGRAUUGGUUAUCCAAGAACCGAGCUGAAAUUAGUUGUUUCGAGAAGAUCGUUCGAAUUCCGUUACCCGAAGGGGGAAUACUCGAAGUACACGGAGAGAAACCCAGAAGGGCUCAYGUUAUGGAUAAGAAAGCUGAAGAAAAACGAGUUCAAGAUAUUCCUAUAAUUCGGGACUUUCCCGAAGUAUUCCCAGAUGAAUUKCCUGGAAUACCCCCACCAAGACAAGCUGAGUUCCACAUAGAACUAAUUCCUGGGGCUGCACCCGUGGCAAAAACACCAUAUCGGUUAGCACCAUAUGAGAUGAAGGAGCUGUCGGAACAACUUCAGGAUUUACUCAAUAUAUGA